CCCCCCCGCUCCCAGGCAGCGCCACACCUCCCGUCAGCCCCCGCGCUACGGUGGCCGGACGGGCUCAGGAGGCGGGAAAGACGCGGUGGGGCGAUGGCUGCGGAGCGGGAGAUGCGGGACUUCACGCGCGGGCUCUUCCAGGGCAGCCCGGACCUCAGCGUGCUGACGCUGGCCAUGGUGCGGAGGAAGUACCUGGCCCAUGUGGGCCGCGAGAGCCUGAUGCGGGAGGAGAAGGAGCUGCUCAAGCAGCUGGUGGAGGAGGAACUGCUGAGAAUGCAGCUGGAUGAUUCCAGUUCCAACGGGGAGUCCCCAAACCCCGAGAACGCCCGGGACACCCCUGAAGCCAGGGCUGAGAAGCGACCCCGCAGCGGCUCCAACUCGUCGGGGGGAGGCCCCAAGGACACGGCGAGAAAGAAACAGCGACUGGAUCAGGGUUCUGAGGCCAGUUCUGAUGGGGAGGAUUCUGGGAUUGAUUCGAGGAAGCCGAAACUGGCUGAUGCCCAGGGGGAGACUGGGAAAUCCAGGCGCACAGGAUCGUGGGAGGACGAGGGGGAUUCUGGAGCAGAGGAGACACCCGAUCUGGGUGGCACUGGCAGAGAGAGUGACUCCAAGUGGGCAGCUACGAGUGAGGGAAUGAAGCAGCCCCCGAGGAGAACAGAGGGCGCCAAGGCCCAGGACCGGCUGGGGCAGAAGCGAGCAAGAGAGGCAGAGCGGAGGGGUGACUGUGGGGAGCAGGAGGGGAAAGCGAAUGGGGGGAUCACAGCUCAGAGCAAGGAGGAAUCGGGGAGCGAAUCAGUGGAGGAGGAGGAGUGUAAGCGGCAAAAGCAGACAGGGAAGACAGGAGCAAGGAAGGCCAAGCGGAGGAGUGAUAGCGAGGAGGAGGGGGACAGCAAGAAGAAGGGGCGGAUGAAGGCUUGGGGGAAGGAAGUGGGGAGCGACUCCGAGAUGGAAGAGAAGGAGUGUCAGAAUAGAAAAGGGGCAGGGAAGAAGGGAACGAGGAAGGCAGGGAGAUGGAGUGAUAGUGAGGAGGAAGAGAACAAGGAGACGAUAAAGUCUCAGAGGGAGGAGGAGUCAGGGAGUGAGGAGGAGGGUAGGAGCCGGAAGCAGGCAGGGAAGAAGGGAGCAAAGAAGGCGGAGCGGAGGAGCGAUAGUGAGGCUGAGGAAGUGGGGAGCAGGAAGAGGGGCAGGGUGAAGGCUCUGAAGGGGGAGGGAUCGGGGAGCGAGGAAGAGGAGGGUAGAAGCCGGAAGCCAGCUGGGAAGAAGGGAGCGAAGAAGGCCGAGCGGGACAGCGAGAGCGAGGAAGAGGAGCGUAAGCCGAGGCUGAAGGCUGAGGAGGAGGGGAAGGCGAGGCAGAGGGGCAGCUCUGAGACAGACAAGACUCUUCAUCCUCCUCCUCCGUGCAGGAUGAGAACAACAGCCCCAACCCAGGCUCCCGGCGCAAGAAGGGGAAGAGACAAAGGAGCUGGGGCGAGGAAAGCCGUCGAGAGCCGAAACAUUCCGACGUUCAUUUCCUUUCUCCGGCGGCAAACGUCCGAGAGUGGCGGGAAAUUAGACACAACUACCCCACCCGGUCCGUUUAAAGGGACCUUUUCGCCUUGUUUGAGUUCCCCGCCCUGGAGAGGUGGGAAUAGGCCCCUCCCCCUUGGGGGCUGUCCCUAA